AUGAGCCGCGCGUUCGUCGCCGCACCGCGCGCGGUGGCGUCGUCUCGCGCGUCGGCGUCGCGCGACGCGCCGCGGGAGAUGGGUGUGGUUCAAAACGCGCGGCGAACCGUUGGACGCGCGACGGCGAAUGGAUUGCGUCGUCGCGUCCGUCGCCUUCGCCUCCACGCGAGGGACGCGUCGACGACGGCGACGACGUACACCAGUGGGCUCUCCGAGCUCACGUGCUGCGUCGAGGCGGAACAGUUCGAUCGAGCGAUGAUGGAGGAGUUGUUCGACGUCGCGGAUGCGAUGGAACGAGUAAAGCCGGGAAGCCCCGAGUCGGUGAUGCUUCAGGGGUAUCUCAUGAGCACACUGUUCUACGAACCGUCGACGCGGACGAGACUGUCUUUUGAGGCGGCGAUGGGGCGACUCGGUGGAGGGAUCGUGAGCACGGAAUCCGCGGGAGAGUACUCGAGCGCGGCCAAGGGCGAGACGCUCGAGGACACCAUGCGCACGGUUGAGGGAUACUGCGACCUCGUCGUCCUGAGGCACUUCAACCACGGGUCGGCGCGACGAGCGGCGGAUGCGAUCAACAAACCACUGAUUAACGCUGGGGACGGUCCGGGACAGCACCCCACGCAAGCGUUGCUCGACGUGUACACAAUUCGCAGAGAAAUCGGUAGACUCGACGACUUCAAAAUCGCCCUCGUCGGCGACCUGGCCAACGGGCGAACGGUUCGCUCGCUCGCCACCGCGUUGACGCAAUUCAAUAACGUCAAGUUUUACUUUGUCGCCCCGGAGGUUGUGAAGAUGAAGGAUGACAUCAAGCAGUUCCUCACGGACAAGGGUUGCGAGUGGGAGGAGGCGAGCGAUUUGGCGCAAGUCGCGGCGGACGUGGACGUCCUGUAUCAAACGCGAAUCCAGAAGGAGCGCUUCGCCAAUCUCGACGAUUACGCCAAGGCGAGUGGAAAGUACAUAGUGGACAAGUCCAUCAUGGACGCCCUGCCGAAGACAUCCGUUGUCAUGCACCCGCUGCCUCGCGUCGACGAAAUCACCGUGGACUGCGACGCCGACCCUCGAGCGGGGUACUUCCGACAGGCGCAAAACGGUCUGUUCAUCCGCAUGGCGCUCCUAAAGGUGCUCCUAAAGGUUUAA